AUGUUGGGUUCUGAGAACAACCUCACUACACAUUGUCCAAAACACAAACUGGAAGUUCAGGUUGAGAGAGUUCAAGAUAUUGCCUCAAUGUCCUUGUCCUCAGAAACCAUACCACCUGAGUUCAUCAGGCCAGAGAACGAACAACCGGGGACCACGACGUGCCACGGGCAGGAUCUCGAGGUCCCGGUGAUUGAUUUUGGAAUCAAAAAUGAGAAAAAACUUGUAGAAAUCAUUGCUGAUUCUAGUUCCAAAUGGGGUUUGUUCCAAAUUGUGAACCAUAACAUACCGAGUGAUGUUAUCAGCAAUUUACAGAAAGUUGGUAAGGAGUUCUUUGAGCUACCACAAGAAGAAAAAGAAGCCAUUGCUAAGCCUCCAGGCUCUAUGGAAGGCUAUGGAACCAAGCUACAAAAAGAAGAUCAAGGCAAGAAAGGUUGGGUUGAUCACUUGUUCCAUAGGAUUUGA